UAUAAUGUGUUCUCUAUGGCCAACUUGCGUGAAUUAGAUGAUGAACGUCACCUGUCCCAGCUUCACAGUGGAGGAAUUCGAAAAGCGCACGGCUGAGAUAUAUAGGACCGCAGAUGGUGCGAGUGAACGGGCUGACACUCGGCAACGCCAUCCUGGCUGGAAUCCUUGUCGGAAUAGGCAACUAUGGGAUUCGUUAUCGGCAUCGUGCUUUCGUUGGCGCCCUAUUUCAGGGAGCCAACACCUUGUUCCUGCCAAUCCUCUCCUAUGUUGCCUCUAAUGCCUCAACCACCGCCACAUGGAACACCUUCUCAAAAUCAGAGACUAUCUAUAUCGACAGCCACUGUGAUGCAUGGGAGCACUUGGUUCUGGUCCUAAUUUGGGCAGGCCUUGUACACAUUGUUGGAAUCAAUACAUGUACAACAGUCGCUGCAAGCAAAAGAGAAGGUCGAAUUAUUGGGCUCCCUAUGGUACUGCUUGUACAGGCAAUUUGGUCAACUUACCUUUUGGUAUCACUCGUGCCUCCCUACACAUAUUUUCAUACCAAUAUUCCCUUCAUCAAACUUCUACCCAUCACCUUUGCUCUUGUCUUCACAAAAAUAGCAUUUAGGUACUAUGAAUUCCAAAAGGCCCGACGCUCUUUUGCGUUUGGACGCAACCCUCCUCUUAUUGUUGGAUAUAUGAGGCAAUUGCAAGAGGCCAGGAUGAAGAGCAAAUAUGCAGGUGGUAUACCUGCACCGACGACAGUUGAGCAUUAUCGUCCUCCUCCACUUAUAGUUAUGGGAGAGGACAGAGAUGAAGUAUACAAGGGGGCUCAUGGUUUCUUCUUCAAACGGAUGUGCCGUAACCAAGAUGGCAGCAUGACGAUGAGCAGUCAUUGUUCUGGUUUGGUGACUAUGGACAAAGUCUGGUUGUUGGAUGACAUGGUCCUAACAUCAGCGCCUUGGCUCAAAAAGGUUUGCCUUUCAUUCACCUUGUUCAAGCUACUGAGAUGCCGAUUUGCAGGCUACACGGUUGCUGAAGCGGGCUUUAAGCAAAUCCGUGGCUUCUUCUUGCAUAAGUUGCUUAAGGAAAAGGAUCAUGAAAGGGUGCAUGGCGUGAUAACAGAUGAGCUUUCCUUUCUACAUGAUUAUUACUAUUCAUCCAUCCCAAUCCAUUACUCAAAUUUCUGGCUGCCCAUAGUAAACAUCAGUAUUUCACUCUUGACUAUAGGCUACUGCUUGUUGCUAGCUGGAAUGUACGUGGAAGAGUUCGUUUCAGUCCAUUCCGGUGGACAAGAUCUAUUUCAGUUUUACUGCCAUCUAAAUUGCGGUCGUAAGGAUGACCCAAAUCCUUCUGAUUCCAAGGAGGUGCAUUUUGGAAAUUUAUUGUAUGAUGUGAUUCCAGUAGCGAUACUACUUGUAUUAGUUGUGCUUGCUGAAGCAAGGGAGAUUGCUUCCUACAUCUGCUCUAACUGGACCAAAGUAGCCCUCUUCAGUCGCUGUGUAGUAAAUAACCAUGAUGCCUGGCAGCGAUCUCGUUGCAUGCAAAAAUGGAUGAUUGUGGGUGUGUUCUGCGAUGCCGGUCCAACAAGCUGAUGACCCAUUGGGAAGAUAAAAUGUACCAAUGUUCAGUGCUAGUGUUGCAUCCAAGAAGAAGAAUUGAUCCAGCGAUUUCCCUUGUCCUGCGUCUCCUCCGCUUGCCCGACAGAAAGAAGAAUGUCAUGGUUCCAGGGGUGCUCAAGGCUAGGAUUUUCAAUGCCCUCACGAGUAACAAUGGGCUCCUGAAGCAUCCCAAGACGUUCCUCUGCCGGAUCCUAGAAGAAGAAGAUGGCAACAGCAGCAGCAAUGACUUCCUCUGGGCUUGUGAGAGUGAAGGUAUCUCUGAUCUCAUGCUCACAUGGCACAUCGCUACAAGCAUCCUUGAGAUGAGGCAGGCGCAGGGGCAAGGGCAACAACACCCCCAUCGUUUUUCUGAUGACAUGAUUGUCGCCACACACUUGUCACGGUACUGUGCCUACUUGGUGGCUUACAUGCCGGAGCUGCUUCCCGACGACGAUGAAUGGUGCAAGAGCUUGUACAAGGCCGUGAAGAAGGACUGCACACGUGUGCUUGAUGCCCAGGUAGCAUCGGCAGAGGCUACUACUAGGUACAACAAGCUGCUGUCGUUGCUGCAGGAGCCGGAACCGAAGCAUCAUGUGGUGCUGAUCAAUGGCGUGAAGCUUGGCGAGCAGCUGGUGAACAAGCUGCUGCAGCAAGGGGAGCCCACGGCGGCAUGGAAGUUCCUCUCUGGAUUUUGGUCACAGAUGAUCCUGUACAUAGCUCCAUCUGACAACCUCAAGGGGCACGCAGAGGCAAUAGCCCGCGGCGGCGAGCUCAUAACACUGGUCUGGGCAUUACUGAUGAACGUUGGGAUUGACAGAAGGCCCAGCAGCGCAGAGGGUGACGGUGUUUGAUUUGAUUGCUACCCUCUAUAUGUAUUGGAUUCGAUCAUCACAUUGUUUUCUUAAUUGGAUACUCCUGUUUAAAGUCUUUUAUUUUCUUCCCUUUCCAUUUACGUACUGCUAGUGUUGUGAUUGCUCACUAAUUGUAUCGUCAGCUUUAAGCAGCCAAGGCGCUUGGACUAUCGGAGCUCGGACGAUGCAAGAGCCAUGUGUUGACAUCGUUUUUGGGCACGUGUCUAGGAUGGCAGGAUAAGGUGGCAGUACGAUGUUUACAAAGUGAGUUGCCGAUGAGGAUGGUUGCCGAUGAGGGAGA